AUGAUCCUCAUCCCAUCAAUUCACAAUCCACCACUGACACCACCGCCUGCCUCACCCAAAUCGCAUUUCGUAUCUCGUAAUGAUCGACUACGACGAUACAUAUCGUUCGAUUCCGUCAUCUCCUCCAAAUCACCAUUGUACUUCCCACCACCAGUCCCAAAUUUGGAACUUCAUUCUGCAGCCGCAAGUGGCAACGUCGGACUAGUGCACUAUGCUCUCACACAUGGUCAACCUGUCAAUUCGGUCUUACAUGGUGUACUGCCCCUCCAUGCUGCGUGCUCCGGGGGAUCGGUCAGCGUAGUCCGAAUGUUGAUUGAGAAUGGCGCGGAUGUGAAUGCCCCUAGAUUACCUAGGAGGUAUAGUGAUGGGAAGAAAGGGACGGCUCCUAGUGUCGGUACAGCAGGAUCGACACCACUACAUUUCGCAGCUGCCAAUGGACACGCUCCCAUCGUUCAGAUGCUCCUCGCGUCCGGUGCAGAUCCCACCAAACCCGAUAAGAACGGUAAUACCCCGGAAGACCUUGCUGCUAUCAACGGACAUGAGGACGUAGUUCGGGUCUUACAUGUCUAUCAUCACCUCCGUCAUCAAGAUGCUCUGAACGAUCCUGCAAAUUCAGAUAAGGCUGAACCCUCUUCUCCAUCCGGCUCCACAUCCCACUUACCAGACGACGACGAUUCCAGUGUCAAUACCAGACACGCAUGGGGCAUCGGGUCUAGAAAAGGGAAAGAAAGGGCUUUCAGCUUGACAAGCACGAAAUCUGAAAGUGCAGUAAAGGUCAAGAAAAGCUUGGAAGGCUUGUUGAGGAGGGGAUCGAGGUAUUCUGCUGGUGGGAUAUCGUCGAUGUCGGACUAUAGGAGUGCCAAUGCGAACGAUUCACCGAGAUCAGAAGCUUCGGGUUCAAUGAUGGGGAAUACGAUACCUAGAAUAUCGACGGUCAGUGAUAUGUCGUCAAUAAAUUCAGAUCAACUCCAAUCACCUGUCGACAUCGAUAUUCCAGGAUCGCCUUCACCUCAGAAAGGAGACAAUACACCACUGGGACAAAUAGAUAUCGAGAACCCAGGUCAGAGUAGCCCCAGAUCCUUGACGAGGGUGCUAAGUGGUCAAUCGUCAAAUAGUAAUGGUACAUCGAUAGUUUUAGGAUCACCACCUAAUUCAGCAGGCGUCACUCCACCACAACGAGGUCGAUUGAACUCGACAUCCUCGCAUCGACCAACUCUACCUUCGAUAUUGGAAAAAGCUGUUCAUCCAGGUCAAGCUUUUCGAGCUGUUAUGCGCCAUCAUACUCAUGACAAAGAUCAAAAGGAUCAUACAGUCCAAUUUCCUCCUGACCCAUCUUCAGAAGAUCAGGUAGCUCACGAACACGAUAGCUCAUCUCAUCAUUCAUCAAGUGGAGGAUUCUUCAGAGGCAGGAAGAAAUCGCAUGAUUCAGAUGACAAAAAACAGAGUCAUGGUCAUUCACAUAAACAUGGUUUCAAGGGUUUAUUCAGACGAGGCCAUUCACCACCCUCAAGAAGUCCUAGUCCACCUAUGAAAUCUGAUAAUGCUAAACCUAUAGCUGGUGAGGAGUUAGAAGAGGGGAUAGCGAGGUUGAAGAGGGCAAGUCUCGAAUUGGAUCGGCAUGGUCAAGUCUCGGUCUCGGACGCUGGAAAUACAGAUGCCGUACAGGAUACUGGGAUCGAUCCUGAUAUAAUAGGAGCUAUCAGUAUAAGUGAUGAUCAAGAUGCUACACCUCAAGCUAGACAGAUACCUUUCUCUGCACCCGUCACCAAAACCAAAUUCUUCCCUGACAGUCCUACAGGUCCUCCUAGAUUACCUUCUCGUGGGAAUGAUAUCCCGAGCUCUACUGCCUCUUCUCCCGGUACAAUGCAAUUCAAUAGACCCAGAACGGGAAGCGAGGUCAUCGCUCCGUCCCCGCUUGCAAACGAAUGGGCUCACGACGAAGAUUCAGACUCGUCUCUGCCUAGAGCUGGUAUACGUCGAGUGAAAACGGAAAUCCUCAAAUCACCUAUAUCAUCUUCACCUCUUUCUCCUGAAAGUGAGAUCACCAGUCCAACUUUUCCGACGGGAUCGAGACGACGUUCAGCUACUCAUUCUGGUGGACUACCACCUCCUACCUUCUCAACUAUCAAUAAAGGAUUGAAUCCGCCCAAAGUGAUUGGAUUGGGCUGGGAAGGAGAUGUGGAUUUGAGAAAAGUAGCUGCGUCUGAAUUGAUUAGGAGAGAGAGUCAAAGGAGACAAGCGGAAGUUGAUAGCGAGAUGGAUGCCGAGGAUGAAGAAUACCAUGAUGCCCUUUCACCAGCGUUCGAACCGGCAGAUGCCAAAUCCAAUGACCAAGAAGACAACGAUAGUACGCCUACACCUCAAUCUGGUGUGAUUCCGGAUGAUGCGACUCCGACUGAGGAUGAACAACAAGGAAGACUACGUGGUGAGAGCGUUGGUUCAAUGACAACCGAUUCGUCCCGUCUAUCCACUCCACCUGCACCUUCUUCUGCGCAAUUCCGAAUGUCGUCGAUCAACGAUGAUUCCGAAGAAUCCGCUAAUCGAAGGCUCCCGUCUUAUGGACAACCGACGACUACUGACGGUCGACCGCGUGGUAAAUCAGUUUCGUCGAUUUCAUCAGCGGCAUCAGGAAUGGGGUAUUCAUAUGCGCAAUCUACGUCUACACCUCCGACUUCCCUCACUACGCCUUCUGCACUGUCACUGGCUUUGGUUUCUGGUUUUCCACCUGUACCAGAAAAUGAAGUUGCCCAUGUUCCACCUACACAUCGAAGGACUUUGACUCAACGGACGAUAUCCUCUCAUGCAGAAGCUAAAGAAGUCAUCAAACAGAACGAAAAUGACAUUCUGCAAUUAGCUCAACUCCCACCAUCCUUGGAUUCUAGUAGAAGUUUGGCUGAACAGCUGGCUGCGUACGGCGAGAAUUAUGCGAUCGAACGGCAAUUUGCUGAGAUAGAAAGAAGGUCGAAUACUGGACUUACACCUACUGGACGGAGUGAGGAUGGUGAGAGCUUCUUCAGUGCGGAGAGCUCGAACAGAAGUUGGGGAUCUAGUAAGAGCUCUGAGAGGGAGAGGAGGAGGGGUCCUUCUGGAAACUUCACGGGUCUUCAGCCCCGAGCGAUAUCCAAUCCCAAUCCUCUUGUUCCACUAGUCAGUGUUGACGCUCCACGUUCGUCUUUACCAUCCAUCAACAGCAUAUACGACAAACGAGCGGACGCAUAUCGUAAACACAUGGCGACGUUAGCUUCCGUUCAACCGCUAUUAUCUUCUUCCUCUUCUACUCGACAUGCUCAGACCAGAGCUAGACAAAGAGCAGUAUCAGCUCAGGAAGGUUGGUUGAACGCUAGCCGUCCCUCUCGUCCUGGUUCCAUCAUGAGUUAUACUACGGCGAACGAAAUUCCAAAUCAGGACGAAGAAGAGAGGAUCAAAUACCCACACAUAUCGAAUCCUCUUCCGGUACUUACUAAUCCAGUAACGGGACAGAGACCUAGAAAGUCCUCUGGAGGAGGAGCAAGUUCGAUGGGUCAUAUUUUACCUUCUUCACAUCGACAUAGAUCUACAUCCGCUUCGACAACUACUCCAGCGCCAAUUGCGGAUAUCUUAUCUACACGGUAUCAAGGUAUCAACCCUCCUUCUUCAUCUACUGUUGGAAUUGGCGGCGUCAGUAAAUAUAACACAGCUCCAGUUGGGUCUUCAACUUCGUCUUACCUAAAUACUACUUCCAAACCCAUUUCAGGUAAUAGUAGCAGUACAAAUUCCAACCCCAUGGGAAUAUCACCAUACGUAUCGAUUUUCUCUAAUCGCUAUCAACCGAAAGUCCCGCUUAAUGACGAUGAUUCAGAUGAUGAGAAUGAUAAUACCCGUGAAUAUACUGUUAUAGAGAAUGAUUGGAGAGGUGGACAUGUAGUUAGACCGGACGAGUUGGGUUUGGGUUCGAGUACCGGCAGUGGCUCCGAGGGAGGUAAGAAGAAAUGGGGUUUGAAGAGAUUAGGUAGGAAGUGA